AUGUCUGUUCCGGCCAAAACCGCUAAGUUGACUAGUCACGCAUUGGACGUGGUAGCAAAGAUAGUGGAAAGCGAUACAGAUGCUACAACUGUUGAUUUGAACUUGUUGGAGAACUUGAAUACCAACCAAUCUUUAAACUACAUUAAAUUAGAACAAAGUUUGAGCUCGAUCGAUGCCAGUUCUCGAAAACUAGAAAUCAUGAAAAAGGAGUAUUCUACCUACGUGGAGGCGGUAUCAGAUAUUGAAUCCAAGGUUAAUAAGUUAGAAGAAGUUGGUCGUACGUCUACGGAAGAAGCUCUAAAUAUCACCUUGGUUCCGUUUCAUGAUCGCAAUGUGACUGCAAGAGCCAAGCUGCUUCGUGGUAUUCUAGAAUACUUCAUGAAUAAACCCGAUGACUCUAAGGAAGAUGAAGAGGAAGACGAGGAAGAAGUUUGCGAAGAAGGUUCUGUCUCUACGAAAUAUCGAUAUCUCUAUGAUGAUACAGAUACAGAUUCCGAUUUAGACGCCCAUUGUGAACCAGAUUAUAGUGAUGACGACAGUUUUAUGAACUCUGAUUCAGAAGAUGACGACUGCAAUUACAGAUACUAUUACCUCAAUAAGAAGGACCACCCAACUAUUAACGUCUACAAUAUUUCAUACAUAGGUCGGAAGGAUUUAGUUCUUGGAAAUACCAAUGAAACCGAGAAUUAUAAACGAGAUUCAGAAGGUAAUAAUCAAAUGCUGCUUGGAGGAAUAUUCACUCAGCUCCCACUUGUAAGGGAAAUACAAAAGCUCGGACACGAGACAGUUAUGUCACCAGCAUUUACCUCUGUUGCUGCAUAUUUUAGUGAAAGAGCUCGAAUUGGAGCGCUGAAAGUAUCAACGUCAUUUGGGAGAGCUGCUUGGCGACAGUUGUACAAGUUUGUCACUCAAAACACCAAGCAGAAAGACGGUAUUGUAUAUCAAUACAACGAACCAGACCUCAAUAAAAGUGUUAUUGAUCGGGCCAAAAAAGUCUUGAGACAAAAAAUUAUUCAUAGAACCAAACUAUUUGAAGCCGCUACUCCAAUGGUAAACACGUUAUCUAAUUUAUCUUUAGCAACAUCCGACGAUGAGGUGAAUAUAAUAAGUAGUAACAGAGAAACAUCUGGUUCUAAUGUGUAUGAAGAUAACGCUAAAAAUGGGGAUAGUGAGCAUGAUGAAAAUGAAGAUUACGAUGAAGAUGACUAUGAACAUGCAGAUGAAGAAGAGGAUGUCGUAGCUGAAGGUGAUGAAUUCUCUGAAACCAAAUUCCUGGGAGAGAGUAGUCUGAAUAACUCGUUCACUAGAAGAAGGGGAUAUUCAAGUCCAAGUUUAAGUCGCCGAUUAACUCAGAAUGACGCUAGUUCUCUUGUUGGAGGUGAUUCUCUUCGUGAAACACUCCAAUCACUGCAUUCACUAGCUUCAAGCAGUUUUCACCCUUUAGCCGAUAGCUCAAAACCUCUGAUAGCUCAAGAAACAGUUGUUGCCAAUGAAGCAGAAAUAAGUUCGUUAGAAUAUAAUCAAUCGCAAAAAGUGUUCUCUUUUAGUUUACCCUUUGGAGGUUUUUCAAACAUUCGUUCCAACCUAUAUAAACAUAUCCAAUCGAUUGUACAUGGACCUUCAGAGCCCGAGUUCCAAGAAUCCGAAGAAAGUAGACCGCAGCUACAACGUGUUAAAACAACGGAAACAUUCAAAGAAGCAGAGCAUUUUAGAAAUUAUAAGGGUACAGAUAAUGUACGGAUGAGAGCAGUCAGAAGUUCAGUACAAGCAAAUUUAAGUGAAUUGCUUCCUGAUUUCUUAAACAACCAUAAGAAGAAAGAACCAUGGGAAAGCAUUUUUGAUGAGAUUGAAGGGAAUAUUGUGAUAAUGGGAGGAUAUAGAGGUUCGAUUCUUCGAGAUGCCAAAUCUAGAAAGAGAGUUUGGAUACCUAUAAAAGCGGGUUUCAAUCUUCGAAAAAUCAAUUUAUUACUUGGUCCAACAAAGGAAGAUGAACUUAAUGCUUCCAAAUAUAUAAUUCCAGAUGGAGUUUUGAAGAAUAUAGGUCCUAUCGAUAUUUGCCGUCGACUCAUCAAGCGGUUGAGCAGUAAUCCAAAUGCAAAUGUGGUUGAGUUCGGUUACGAUUGGCGCCUUAGUGGACCGGUUCUUUCACAGAACUUAAUUAAUGAAUUGCAAAGGAUUCAUGAUGAGACAGGAAAACCUUCACUUAUCAUUGCCCAUUCUAUGGGAGGAUUAAUCACUCAUGGUGCCUUACAACAAAGGCCCGAUUUAUUCCGUUCCAUUGUAUAUGUUGGAUCCCCCAGUGAAUGUCUCAAUAUUUUAGGUCCUAUAAGAUUUGGCGAUUCAGUGAUUCUUUCGGAUAAAAUAUUGACAUACGAAACAAACUUCAUGAUGAGGUCAAGUUUCUUAUUUCUACCUCUUCAUGGAAGUGUUUUCAUCAAUAGAGAUACCCACGAUCCCUACGAUUUGGACCUCUUUGACCCUGAAGUAUGGGUUAAGUAUAACUUAAAUCCACUAGUACUGGAAAAGAGAAGGCAGUUAGAACGUCGAAAAUUAGCUGGCGGAUCACCAACAUUGACAAAGGCAUCCCUUGCAGAUAUGACUACAAAGAAUAAUGAAAGUUUAGCAUAUCUGUCAAGAUCGCUGACUAUAAAUUCAACAUCAGAUUCUACCCAUUCAUUUUUCAACAUUUCCCUGAAGUUACGUAAAACUUCUUCAACACUAACAAGAUUUCGAUCUCCAACAUCUCCAUACUUCCCUGAAACCGAAACUUUUGACAACGAUUUAGAUUCGACAAGUGAACCUGAAAUUGGCCCAAAGUCGCUACCUUAUUCUUUUUCGUUUACCGAAUCAUAUAACUACUUGGCUGAAACGUUAGCGGCCACCAAAGAAUUCUUGAGUGGGUUAGAAUUCAAGGAAGAAUUGGCUGAUAAAUACCCACCUAUGGCAAUAGUGUAUGGUAAUACAGUUCCAUCGGUCCGGUUUUCUGUGGUAAGGCAUAGACAGGAUAUUAAAGAUGGUAAUUACUAUGAGUUUUAUUAUGGGCAUGGAGAUGGUGUUGUGAAUCUGAAAUUUCUUAUGCCCGAAAAGAAAAAUUUCAACAAAUACGAUCCAAAAACAGGUCGAGGAUAUAUUGUGGGGAAAUUUGUUAGUGACUGUGGCCAUGUGAGCUUGAUGACAGAUUUUAAAGCCAUGGGUAUGGCCUUGAGUGCAGUUUGUGAAGCGGAAACUACUUGGAAUCUUCAGCAACAUUCCAACUAA